UCCGGUUGGCAUUUUGAAGAGCAGUUGCAGUGGAUCAGUGACUGCAGCUGCCGAGCUGAAUGGGAGAGAUCUCAAAGAUUUUAAUAAGUUCUACUAAUGAGGCAGAGAAUUCCAGAACCUCACUGAAAUCUGCUUCCUGCAACUGACCUGCAGGGCUCUGACCCAUGAAUGCACCAGCUGUUGCCUUCCCAGGGUCUCAAACAUGAGGCGUCUCACCCAAUCAGCCUCAGGCCCCGCUACCAUGAUGGUACCAGAGAUGGUCCCAAGAACCUACCAGCGGUCCAGAGAUCAUGUCCCAGAGGAGGCCACAGUGCCUGUGGAGCAUGCUUUGUCUGAGGCAGUGAGUAAGACCAAAGACAUCACCACCCAGAUGUGUCUGAAGUUCCCUGACUCUGAGCCACUUGUAGUUGAUCUGAAGACGGGUGACAUUAAAGAGGAAGUCAUCUGCAUGGAACAACAUCUUGAGGACAUUGCCUCUCAGUCCAGUGCCCCAGAUCUGGGUUUGCCCUCAGUAGCUCCUUAUCAUACCAUCGCUUUGCAGGAAUGCCCAGCAAGCAAUCGUGCCUCGACUUCAGGUGUGUGCAGCGCAGAACCAGAGCCCAGUUCCUUGCAGCCCAAGCGCCGCAAGACCACAUCGUAUGUGUGGGAACACUUCAGCAUUGAUAACCGAGACAGAUUCGUGGUUGUGUGUAACCGUUGCCGAAUGAGGGUGCGACUUGGCAAGGAGGGCGGCUGUGGGAGGGUUGGGACCUCUGCUAUGCACAAGCACCUGCAGAUCCACCACCCUUUCCUUGUGCCGCCAAAGAAAGACGGGGUGGUGUCUCUGGGAAGCAUGUCGAUGGAGAAGGCCCCCCAGAACAUGACACACACACAAGAUCUGGCAUUGCCACAACCUGCCAGGGUGGAGUCAACAAUGUCACAACUGACUGUUGAUGAGCCGCUGGAGAGAAACAGGUACCUCUCUUCAUUUGACCCUGUAGCUCUGCAGUACAAUGAAUUUCUGGCCGAGUAUUUGGCUGAAGGGAUGCUGCCGUACUCUACUGUAGAGGAACCUUCAUUUCUGAGGAUGCUGAAGCACCUGCGACCAGGUUGGCGAGUCCCCGGAUACACCUACUUUGCAACUCGUGCUGUCCCAGCUUUGUCAACAGCAAUCAAGACCGCCAUACAGCGUGACCUCGAGCUAUCCAUAGACCCAGUUGUACAUCUCACUGUGAGCAUCUGGACCAGCAAUGGAACAAAGGACUACAUGACAAUAAUGGCCCACUGGGUCUCGGAUACUGUUGGUGUUCUGGUCCGGCGUCAUGCCGCCCUGGCUGUGUGUGGCUUUGAGGAAAGUCUCACCACCAGCAGUAUUGCCCAUAAGAUGAAAGUGGUUGUUAGCAAAUGGCUGGACCCCUUGAACCGGGAAGCAGGCUGUGUAGCUUGUGAUGGCGGGGCCACUGUGGAAAAAGCAGUGAGGAAUUCCAAUUUGCACCCCAUUCCUUGUGUUGCCCGCUGCUUGGAUCUGGUUGUGGAGAGGGUGUUGGAAAAGGCCAGCACAGAGAUCGAUAGGAUAAUAGGGAAGGCCCAGAAAGUCAGUCGCCAUUUUCAACAGUCACGCAAAGCCCGGCUCCGUCUUGCAGAGCUACAGGCCCUUCAUGGUCUCCCACAGGAACAGAUGAAACAUGACGAGAAGGAUCCAGUUGGAUGGAACGCCACCCUUGCGAUGUUGGAGCAACUGUGCACUCACCAGCGAGCCAUUGACGAUUACCUGAUUGAGAAGAGGGAGCUCUGCCUGACAUUCAGGGACUGGAGGCUGAUGCAGGAUGUGGUACAGCUGCUGGAAGUCUUUAAGGAGGCCACCAGUGUCAUUCUCCACAGAGAUAGUGCAACUCUGGGACACGUCCUACCCUUACUCCGCGUCAUUGAAGGGUACGUGGAGGACUUCUUGGAUCAGGCUCGUGAACAGGGUGAUGACGGCACGGCAGCUGCCCGUCUGGCAUCUGAUUUACUGCAGGCCAUGAAAGACAGUAGACAGUUAACAGAGAUUAAGGGAAAUAUACUUUAUCAAGUGGCAAGUUUCCUAGACCCUCGUUUCAAGGACUCCUUGUCCAAGUUCUUGCUGGGAGAUCCAGACUGGCAAAUUGAGGCUGUGAAGGAGCACGUAAUCCAGCUGACAACGACUGAGGUGUGUCUAAAAAACCUGCCUCUGGACAAAUCCACCAGUGUAGCUGAGGGACCCCCAGCAUUUGAAGAAGAACCGCUGUCUCUUCUGCCCCCAACUGGCAGCACCUCUUCACGAUCGUCCCCCGAGAGCAGUGGUAUCUGGACGAAAUGGUGCAUGAGACUUGGCUUGACAAACACUCCAAACCCUGGUUCUGGUUCCCCACCAGAUGCUGCGCUGGUGGCAAGAGAGGAGGUGGGGGCCUACGUGAGGGAUUAUGUUGGCCACAUUGGGGCCAACACAGACCCCUUAAUGUACUGGCAGCAGAAGCGGCACACCUGGCCCUCUCUCUUCCUCGUGGCUGUCCGCUACACCUCGUGCACUCCCACCAGCAUCUGUUCUAAGAUGCUGUUCAGUGCCGCAGUACCUGACAUGAGCGCAAAUCUGUCUCGCCUCUCUGUUAACACUGCUGAGGUUCUGUCAUUCAUCCACAUGAAUAGGCAGUGGAUUCCUGAGGGCUUCACAGCCCCACCUCCUAUUUCUACAAACUACAGGGUGAGCCAUCAGCAGGCUGAGGACGAUGCAGAAAAGGAGGAGGAGCCUACGUUGGCCCAAGUUGUUUAUGAUGAAUAAGGGUGUCGACAGAUAACUUCAAGGCCCUGUUCUUCUGCUUGCUUCUCUCUUGGUGGAUUAUCUUGUGUUUUUAUGCAGAGACCACUCUAGAUGGGCUAUACCAGGGGGCAGCAACCCUUGGUUCUGGAGCCGCAUGCGGCUCUUUCGUCCUCGUACUGCAGCUCUGCAGUGGCGAUGCCAACGACGGCAAGUUGCACUUGGGACGAGG